AUGCAUCAAACAAACCCUUUUCAGUCGGAGCGUCUGGAAUAUCGAGGCUACGACCCGGCGCAGCAUGACGACUUCUUCGCCACCAUGCAACGCGAACCGCUCGCCCUCGUCAGCUCCUCCGCCUCCGUCUUGCGUCCGGUCGCUGCCAAGGCGAUUGAAGAGAGUCGAACCGAACUGCUCGAGAAAUCGCUGCUCUUUGUCAUUGUGUGUCAGCGCGACCCCGACCCAACCAAGACGACGCCGAUUGGCAUCGUCUCGCUGAGCGCGUCGGACCCGGACAUGGCGCACCACCGAUGCGCCAGCCUCGCCAUCGAUAUUGCCCGCGACGAGCAGGGCCGCGGCUACGGCGGCGAGGUCCUGCAAUGGGUGCUGGCGUGGGCGUUUGAAAAGGCCGGCCUGCACCGCGUCGAGCUCGAGUACCUGGGCUGGAACGAGCGCGUGCGGCCGCUGUAUGAGCGCGCCGGCUUCGUGGAGGAGGGGAGGCGGCGGAGCUGCUACUUCAAGGAUGGGCGAUGGUGGGAUGAGGUCUCCAUGGGCAUUCUCGAGGAUGAGUGGAAAGCUAGGUCGCAGACGGCUGGACAAAGCUGA